UCUGGUACCGUUCCGCAUUUCGAUUUAUGGUAAAGACGGAGUCACGAACCAGAGGCCCUGGCGACUCAUGUGAAUAACGACUUAUAGAAUAGUUAAAUCGAUAGAAACGAUCUAAAAUUUAAUCAAUUAUUAUCAAUCUUUUGACGGCUACAAUGUUUUCGUCAAUUGUAACGAGAGUUAUCCGACGUUCAUUUUCAACGUCAAAAUGGAAUGCUGUGCAGCAGAUGACGGUACGAGAUGCUUUAAAUUCAGCCUUGGAUGAAGAAAUGGAAAGAGACGAAAGAGUAUUUUUACUUGGAGAAGAAGUGGCAUUGUAUGAUGGAGCGUAUAAAGUUUCUAGGGGCCUCUGGAAAAAAUAUGGAGAUAAACGUGUUAUUGAUACUCCUAUCACGGAAGCAGGAUUUGCUGGUAUAGCUGUUGGAGCAGCUAUGGCUGGUUUACGUCCUGUAUGUGAAUUUAUGACAUUCAAUUUUUCUAUGCAAGCAAUCGAUCAAAUUAUUAAUUCUGCCGCAAAGACAUUUUAUAUGUCCGCUGGACGACUAAAUGUACCAGUUGUUUUUCGUGGACCUAAUGGGGCAGCAGCUGGAGUAGCAGCACAACAUUCACAAUGUUUUGGUGCUUGGUAUAGUCAUUGUCCUGGUUUAAAAGUAGUAUCACCCUAUACUAGCGAAGAUGCAAAAGGAUUAUUAAAAGCUGCCAUUCGAGAUCCUGAUCCAGUUGUUGUGUUAGAAAAUGAAAUAUUAUAUGGUGUUCAAUACCCUAUGUCUGACGAAGCUUUAUCAAAAGAUUUUAUUUUGCCAAUUGGUAAAGCAAAGAUUGAACGUGUUGGCAAACACGUUACAUUAGUGGCACAUUCCAAAGCAGUUGAACAAGCUCUUCAAGCAGCGAAUGAACUUGCAGGGAAAGGAAUAGAAGCAGAAGUAAUAAAUCUUAGAUCUUUAAGACCUUUAGAUAUAGAUACUAUUAUACAAUCGGUAGUGAAAACGAAUUAUGCUGUAACUGUGGAACAAGGUUGGCCGCAAUGUGGUAUCGGUGCGGAGAUUAGUGCUAGAAUUUCGGAAAGUGAAGCUUUCUAUCAUCUUGAUGCACCAAUAAUGCGUGUUACAGGUGUUGAUUCACCUAUGCCUUAUGCCAGAACAUUAGAAAAUGCAUCUCUGCCACAAGCGAAUGAUAUUGUGUAUACAGUAAAUAAAAUACUAGGAUUGGUACAGUAGUUAUUUAUAUCUAUUUCUAGGUAAAAGAAUUAAAAUUUCCCAUCUCUUUCUCUCUCUCUCUCUCUCUCUCUCUCUCUUUCUCUCUCUCUCUCACUCUCAUUCUCACUCUUUCAUUCAAAUUUUACACAAAUUAUUCCUACAUUACGAUUUUCUCUCGUAGAUUUUUCAUAUAGGUAGGGAGUAAACAGUUUUAUAUAGGUAGGGAGUUAAAAAAUUAGAUAUAUUAACAAUUAAUAGGAAGUUGUUUUGAAGUUGCUUAAUAGAAAAUAAAUUCAACUUCCAAUAAUUGUACAUAUAUAAAAAUUCGUAAUAUAAAUGUAUAGUCCAAUUAGAAUAUAGUUAGAUUGUAGCAUCAAUAUAGCGAAAAAUAAAAAAUAAUUCGACUGUAAAAUGCCAGAGACAUAAAAAAAAUGUCAUUGUGGCAUCAUGCUGCCAAUAAUUUAUGGUGUUUAUUAUAAGUAUUUGAUUUUGUUAGUAUGUACAAAUGUGUAUAGUAAUAUUUAUACAUACUGAUGCGUAAAAACAAACUCGGAUCGAUUCGAGAUAAUACUAUGUAUAAAAGAAAUUGAAUACUUUGAUUCCUUGAUAGAAUUUUGAACAAUUUAACAUAGGAUUUUUAAAGUCUAUCUAUUGAGGUAAAUUAAUAUCUUUGCACAUAAAAGAAAAAGCUUAUUGAAAUACUGCCACAUGAAAUAAAUACAUAUAAAGAAUUAGUAAGAGUAAUAUUUCUCAUUUUAAAUUAUUACAUUAAAAGUGAUU